UAACAUUUUAGCAUUUUAGUUCGGGUUGGUUUUGUGGUUUUUCCUCAAAACGCUGCCAUCAAAACCGAUUUGUGCAUCUACAGGUUAAACAAAUUGUUCCGCGAGGAUUCAAACCUAUUUUGAACAGAACAAGUUAGGCAACGUCAAUGGAUUCAGCAGGAGAAGGUGAUGCUGACCAAAACUCCGAACAACCGGAAACAGUCGUAAAGCGGAGCUAUGUCAGGCAAAGCCAGAUGUGCCGCCUGUGCCUGCAAAAGUAUCCGAAAACCGACCUAAACGAAAUACUUGGUCGCCGGUCGGAAUGGAAGAAGAAAAUUGCCAUGGCCGUGGGGAUAAAGGAGGGUAUGCGUUUUUGGUCCCGAUUAUUUUAGAAAGCUGUUAUCAGAAAAUUCUUUUCUACAAGGUUCACCGAACGGAUCACACCACUAAAAUAUGUGUAAUCUGUCAAUCAAUGGUUGAAUCCAUCAUCGGAUACCAAAAGUUUUGUGAGGAAAUGAACGCAUUACUCAGCAAAAAGGAACCGUUCCCAAACGAAGAAUGGAAGCUGGCACGAAGUUUAGUAAUCAGCUUGUGUACCAUCGUGGAAAAUUGUCAUCUAGCAGUUAAAGAUGAUUCGAACAAUUACGACGAAGAAUCUCCUAUUUUACAAAAAAUCCAUGAGGAUUCUGCUUUAAACAUUUCGGAAACAUCACAUGAGUUCCUUGCCGAAGAAAGUGGGCUCGAGAUAAAAAAAGAACCAGAAUGUGAGAACUUUUUGCUGGAGGAAGAAUGUUCAGAGCAGUUGCAGCAUGUGAAGAAAGAAAUAAAACCUGUAACAGAUAGCGAAGUCGAGGAAUCGAACGAUUUCGAGCCGGAAGACCACUCUGAUUACGAGAACGAAGAACUGGAGGAGGUUUCGGAUAACGAUUCACAGAAAAUCAAAACGAGAAAGAAACGCAACAAGCCGAACGAGGCUCGUACACGUUGUUCGAAGGUCGCUUGCGAAACGUGCGGCGAGAUGAUUGCCGGCCACCUAAUGGAGGGACAUGUCAAUCGGCACAUGGGACUGAAACCGUUCGUGUGCGAGCAUGAGUCGUGUGGUCGCUUCUUCACCUCUAAGUACAGUUUGCAGCAGCAUCGGCAUCAGCACAAGGCCCGGUUGCGGUACUACGACUGUCAGGUUUGCGGCAAACGCAUCAAGGGUGACCGAAGUUGGGCAAAUCACAGGAAGCUGCACACCGAGGAGCCCAAGUCUCGUACACGUUGUUCGAAAGUCGUUUGCGAAACGUGCGGCGAGAUGGUUGCCGGAUACCUAAUGGAGGGACACAUGAACCGGCAUAUGGGACUGAAACCGUUCGUGUGCGAGCAUGAAUCGUGCGGUCGCUUCUUCACCUCUAAGUACAGUUUGCAGCAGCAUCGGCACCAGCACAAGGCUCGGUUGCGCUACUACGACUGUCAGGUUUGCGGUAAACGCAUCAAAGGUGACCGAAGUUGGCUGAAGCACAGGAAGCUACACACCGAGGAGCCCAAGUACGAGUGCAACGUUUGCGGGAAAAAGUUCCGUCGAGGUGACCAUCUUAAGCUACAUUCCGUGGUGCACACCGGAAUGGCAAUGUUUUCUUGCGAUCUUUGCAGCAAGCGAUUCAACGUUAAGCAUAAUCUGGGAACGCACAUGAAAAAUGUGCACAAAAUGAAAGGACCUUCUUAUGCGGCAGCGAUGAAUUUGAAAACUUCACUGCAGCAAUCAACGGAACUGGAACAACCGAUAGCUCACCACGAAGAUGAGGAACAUUUUUAGUAAUGUUUUGACUGCUACUUGUCUAUGCGGAUUGAAUAAGUUUAAGCAGAAGCUUCGCCUAACGAUAAAAUUUGAUUCCCAUAUUGUCCAGUGGUUAGGAUAUCCAACUUGUACUUGGAAGUUCCAUAUAAAAAAUAUAUCGGAAAACCUUAAU